AUGAGUGGGAAGUCUUCCCACAAUUUAAACUCAGUUGAGAAUGGCCAAAACGAAGGAAAGAUACGAAAAUUUUUAUCAAAUGGCACGGCAAUAAGCGACCCGCUUCAAGAUGACAACAGGUCUUUGGGUUCUACGACAGAUGAGGAAGACUUCUGGGCGUCAAUAUCAGCAAACGAAAGAUCUGUGAAACUUCUUUCCAAUCACAGAAAGGGCUCGCUUGCCUUAAAUCAAAUUUUAUUGGACCUCAAAAGUGAAAAAAACCAGCCGGAGGAGUAUGAUGAAUACGCAGACGUUGAUGUGAAGGCUAUUGCUGCUGCCAUUUCAGAAGAACUUGAGGGUGACGAUUCUGAGCACGACAGUGAUUCCAGUGGUUCAGGUACUGUCUCUGAGGGUUCGGAUUUGGACGAUGAUUCUUCGGACGAAGAAUCGGAACAUGAAGUGUUUGACUUUGAAAAUCACAUCAACAAACUUGUCAAACGCGAGAAUAAGAGCGAAAGUGCUAGUGAUAACGACAGUGAUUCGGAUGGAAACGAAAGCGUUAAUUCAGACAAAGUCUUUAAAAAGGCUGUUCAAAAAGCCAUGAAGAAAAUGAAACGAGAGCGAUCUGAGGAAAUAGUAGAAUCCGACUUAGAGUCAGCGAAAACUUCUCUCAAAGAGUCAGAAACCGAAGAUUCUUCGACCAGUGAAGAUCAGUCUGCCUCGGAAGCAAGUGAUACAGAGGAAGAAAACGAAAAUGCGUACAAGUUUCAGUAUCUAGCGCGAAUGCUGGAAGCAAAUAAGGUGCAGAAUCUACGGUGGCCAUUAUCAAAUUUGUAUGUCAAAGAGCUCGAACAAGAUCCUGGGAUGCCCUUAUCAGAUCUAGAGGAAUCUUUACCCUCCUACAGAUCGACUGUUGCGACCGCAUUUCAUCCUGGCCGAGAGAGAAACGUGAUGCUCGGUCGAGUAUGGUGGGUGGAAUGGUGGGCCAAAGAUGAUUCCCGCGUGGGAAAAUACCCAGAUAAAUCCUAUUUAUUGUAA